GUUUGUUUGCGAUUGCGUUUGGACGAGUAUAUUGCGGAAACGUGAAGGUUUACGGUCGCUUACGGGCCUUGCGGACGGCUUCGCUUGGUUCUGUGACUGCAGGCAGCUUGAGGUGCAGCGACGUGCAAAAUCGAUUUGUUCGAUUCGUGAAUUUUGGUGGAGGGUUUGCGUGAUCACGAGCUGGUUCGAGAGAACUUCUCCGAGGAAGAAGAGGGAGAAGAAUCGAGCGUGUGUCAUGACAUCCUUUCCUGUGCAGUCUAAGAAACUGUCCGCUUCUAUUAAGGGUGUACCGACGGAGCUAGUUCUCAGUGCGUAUGAAGAUUCCAUUCUGGUGAUCGUCACUCAAAUUGGGAAGAUGGGUACCCUUCUCCAUGCCAGAAAAGAGCAGGCCUACGGUGGAGCAGCCACAUUCAAUGUCCAUGUUCUUAUGGGAAAGCGUGACGAGCCAUUGUUACCAGCAUGUGCUCGGCAAGUCAUUGAGCAUAUAAGCAAUAACGGAGGAUCUAAGUCUCUCGUACUUUCUCUGGGCUUGAAGGACCAUUCACCUGAAGCGUUAAAGAGUAUUGUGCAGUUGAUUAUAGACAACAAAAUCUGGUAGAAGUACAAAAUCAUUUGUUUUUAAAGUCCUACCCUUAUUGGCUCCCAAGCAGGAGCUUGAGCUGAUACUGAAUAGCUCUGCCGAUCAUUUAUAUGGAUUCCUUCUCAUGAGAAUUACUGGUGGACGGAAACUAGGGUCAUCCUCUCUUUCGGAAGAUUUGAAAGGCUGUGAAGAAUGUGAACACUUAUGCAGGACUGCAUCAUCGAGCAGUAGGCAAUUUUUGUUGGCACCCAUAGGUCAGAGCUGGAAACAAAGUUGUAUUUGUGCCCGACGCUUUAUGAGAGGCCCAUUACUUCCAUUGCUGCUGGCCAUGUUGAUGAACCUCCUAGUAACCUGCCAUCCUGAACCACGAACGGAGCACUAAAGUUUACGAGAAGACGACAUUUGGGUAUCGGAGAAACGGAUAGAGCCUCCAACGCCGACAAACUAUCACAUUUUGUAACAGUGAUGAAUGUCAAAAUGCAUUAUUUUCGAA